CUUCCUAAUCCACUUCUCCGGUUUCAUUCAGUUCCGAACAGUUUCCCCAUUUCUUUCUCCCAUUCUCUGUUCUUUCUCUUUUGUUCUUCUUUUUCUCCUUUAAAAAUCCCAUUUUGGCUCGCCCUUUCCUACUUGCUCCCCUUCGUCGCGACUGGGUUUUCUCUGGCCGUGGUUGAACUUACUUUCUCAUCCCCCUCUCUGUCAUCCCUCCAUUUUGAUUGUCUUCUUCGUCUUUCUCAGCUGGUUUUACUGUAGAUCUGUUCUCUGGGGCGCCGGUUCGUGGUUUCAUGAUAGAGAGCUUGCCAUUUGUUUGUUAGGAGGAUUGUUAGCCUUUUAGGUGUCCGACACUCAAGACUUUUGUGCUUCGAAUGCUCAUGAUGCAAAGGCAACAUAGAAGGAUUCUAUGGGUUGAGAGGUUUUGCGACUUUUAGCAGUGAUUGAUCAGAUUUUGUUUUGGUGGGUUGGUUAUGGGCAAUAGUGCUUCUCGUGUUGUUUGUUGCUUCGGGCCAUUUAGCAAUGGCAAAGAUGAUGUCAAUUUGGAGUUUUUGGAGCCAUUAGAUGAAGGUUUAGGUCAUUCCUUCUGUUAUGUUCGACCGGUGAUUGUUGAUUCUCCGGCCAUAACUCCAUUCACAUCUGAUAGGUAUACAGCAUGUUCAAGCACAGUUGAUACUGAGACACAGUGUGGCUCUUUUAGGCAGGAAGUGAUAGUAGAAGAUCUUGCUACCUUACAAAGACCCAACAGUGGCUUGCCUGAAACAACCUUUAAGGCCAUUUCUGGAGCUUCAGUUAGUGCCAAUGUAUCCACUGCUAGGACUGGUGGCAAUCUCAAUUUAUUGCUCUCUGGGGAAAUCCAGCAGCCAGCGGCUUCUUUUGAGAGCACAGCUUCCUUUGCUGCCAUUCCUUUGCAGCCGGUUCCUCGAGGUUCUGGGCCCUUGAAUGGCUUCAUGUCUGGACCUCUGGAGAGGGGGUUUGCUUCAGGACCUUUGGAAAGAGGAGCAGGAUUCAUGUCAGGGCCCUUAGAUAAGGGUGUAUUUAUGUCUGGUCCGAUUGAUAACACAGAUAGAAGCAACUUUUCAGCUUCACUCGCUUAUGUCCAUGGAAAAGGCAGGAUCAAACGGCUUGCGAGAAGCAUGAGUGGGCCUAUAAGAAGUGCCUGCUCUCGGAUCUUCACAAAGCCCUGGCGCGGUUCUGGCCGGAUACAAAGGCUUCUCUUGCAUCUCGUGAGACAGUUGGUUUGGCAUCCUAAGGAGUUAAAAUUCAAAGGUAAUACUCCAAGUAACAGUGCUGAGGUUGGGGCAUCUGAGCCUGAGUAUAGCAAUAUGAAAAACUUGCAAUGGGCUCAUGGCAAGGCUGGGGAGGAUAGGGUUCAUGUAGUUCUUUCUGAAGAACAAGGUUGGCUAUUUGUUGGGAUAUAUGAUGGUUUUAGUGGUCCUGAUGCACCUGAUUUUCUUAUGAACAAUCUUUACAAAGCCAUAAAUAAAGAAUUGGAAGGUUUGUUGUGGGAUUAUAGAAAGCAGCCUCAAGAUUGUCUUCCUUCAGCUGCUGUUCCUUCAGGCAAAUCUUUUUGUGCUUUUUCAGAUGUUGUAGGAGGAGAUAUUAUGCUUCCUAAGCCGCACAAUGUUGUCUCUGAAAAAAUAAUUUCAAAUUCUCAACUAUCCAAUGAUCUAUCCAUAGACAAAAACUCUGAAGAAGUUUACAAUUUUCAUUCACCAAAAUAUGAAUUUGGAGGGAAGCCUGCCGUCGAAGAUGAGUUGGGCACAGAACCAACACAAGGUGAUGAAAAAGUUGAAUCCACAAACUUAAAUUAUGAGCACUUAGCAAGAGAGAUUAAUGAGGAUCAGUAUUUAAAACUGACCAAAAGGAAUGCAGCCUCAGUUGGUGAAGCUACUAAUGUACCUCCAGCUGAAAACAUUUCAAUGCAUCCCAGGACAAGCAAGCACCUUUAUGAGCUGCUUCAAAUGGAAAAGGUGAAGAACUCUAAGAAUAAGGACUCUAGGUUAGCAUCAGAUGCCGGUUGCAGGAGCUCAUUGGAUUCACCAUCACAUUUCAAUCGAGACUCGAUUGAUAAAGAGCACAUAUCAGAGAUUCAGCUUGUUUCCUGCUCCACAAACAUCGCCGUUGGAAGUUCAGCGUGUAUUGAAGAGGUCAUCAGUGUACGAGAAACUGAAGGUGGUUUGGAGAAGGACAGAGAUCCAAAGGAACAGCCCAUGCCACCUUUUUCAGCUUUAAGACAAAAGAAGAUGAAAAGAUUAUUGAUUAGAUCCAAGUUGAAAAAAAUAUGCUGGAAGCGGAAAUCAUUACUUAAAAAGUUUUUUCCAUGGAGUUAUGAUUGGCACAGAGACCAACUCCAUCUGAAUGAUGUCACAAUCAAUCCUUCAGUUGCUGUUUGGAAAUGCAAGUCAGGUCCUGUUGAUCAUGAAGCUGUGAUGAAGGCAUUGGCUAGAGCACUUGAGAUCACAGAGGAAGCUUAUGCUGACAUGGUGGAAAAGGCACUUGAUAUCAAUCCAGAGCUCGCACUAAUGGGCUCAUGUGUUCUUGUGAUGCUAAUGAAGGAUCAAGAUGUGUAUGUCAUGAACCUCGGUGACAGCCGUGUCGUCUUGGCACAAGAUUGGUUGAGCGAUCGCAAUGGAAAUGCUGUACUUACAAAGGAUGAUUCAAGGUUCCAAAACAGAUCAAGGGAGUCAAUUGCUCGUGUGGAGCUUGACAGGAUAUCUGAGGAAUUUCCCAUGCGUAAUCCAACCAGCCAUGUUUCCAGCGUUAAUAAGAACCAUGAAAUCUCCAUUUGCAAAUUGAAGUUGACGGCUGUUCAACUGUCCUCUGAUCACAGCACCAGUGUCGAGGAAGAAGUACUGAGGAUUAAGGCUGAACAUGUUGAUGAUCCUCAGGCUGUAUUAAAUGGUAGAGUAAAGGGUCAGUUAAAAGUUACUAGAGCAUUUGGAGCUGAAUUUCUCAAACAGUCAAAGUUUAAUAAUGCUUUGUUGGAGAUGUUCCGAGUUGACUACGUUGGAACUUCACCAUACCUUAGCUGCCAGCCUUCAGUUGUUCAUCACCGUUUAUGUUCAAAUGAUCGGUUCUUAAUCCUCUCCUCUGAUGGACUUUACGAAUACUUCAGUAAUGAAGAGGUGAUUUCACACGUUGCAUGGUUCAUUGAAAACAAUCCAGAUGGAGAUCCUGCACAAUAUCUCAUUGCAGAAUUGCUUUUCCGAGCAGCAAAGAAAAAUGGAAUGGAUUUUCAUGAGUUGCUUGAUAUCCCUCAUGGAGAUCGCAGGAAGUACCAUGAUGAUGUUUCUGUAAUGGUAAUUUCCUUGGAAGGAAGGAUUUGGAGAUCAUCAGGUUGAUUCUUCUGUGGAGAUUAAGCCAUUUUUUUUAAAGAAAUCUUCUUCUCGAUCCAACAUGGGAGAAAUUCUUGGAUUUGAGCACUUUUUUUUCUCUUUUUUUUUUUUUUUUUGAUGCAACUGUAAGUUUAUUUUACUGUGCUGAAUGCAAAGCCAUCAUAUUGAUUGAAAAAAAAAAAUGAAAAGGUCCAAAAUUUCUCUGAAAUUUUCUCCUGUGAUGAAUAUUGA